CCGACAUCCUGAGGCUGUCGCAGUAGCAACGGCUCAAUCUCAAAAGAAGCAGCCACUAUCAUACCAGAGCUAGAUCGGCCUGGGAGACUGAGGUCAAAUUCUGCCUCCAGGACACACAGCGUCUAGUUGCGGCAACCACCAGUCAUGGCUCACAUCGCUCUCCCGGCGGAGCUUCGAAGCCUGUGCCGGAGACUGGCAUCCUCCAAGCCUGAAGCACUUCUCGGUGUCUUGCCCGCUCUACUCGAAGACGUGCUGAGGUGUGAGGUCCCUCUCUCGAAGCCCCAGGAGGCCAAGGGUCUGGACUCGACUCCCGAGGCGUCUGCACUCGUCCACAAACUCAAGACACAGAUCACAACCCUUCUUCAGGGCAGGAGUGCUGCCGGCCGUUUCCUGGGCGUCGCUCUGGCCAAAGCAGCCGUAGAGGCAGGAGGAUGGGAAUGUCUCCGUUCUUCAGAACCGUGGGUUCGAGCACUCCUGUCGAUAUUACAAAAGAAAGACCCUGCUGUCACCAAAGAGGCUGCGCUCGUCACUCUAGUCAAGAUUUACACACUCCUCCAUGAGUUCCCGACCCUGAUUCGCGAGAUUGUGACGCCUACUCUACCCACACUGGCCACCUCGUGUUUGCAGAUUCUCAAGCCACCGCCCUCGACCAAGGCACAGGCGGCCCCCUUUGGCCUCACCGAGACAAUCUUCGAGACUUUUUCAACUCUCGUGCCACUGUACCCCACGACACUGCGUCAGUUCGCCGCCAAGCUCAGGCAGGAUGCGCGAGCGUUCGUGGCACCAACGUGCUCGGACGAGGCAUUCGUGCCUCGUUCACUAGUCACCGCGAGCCGGCGGCUCACAGUGAGACUGCACAUGACCGCCGCCAAGGGCGGAGAUGCUGCCGAGUGGAACAAGCAAGUUUCGCAGCUCGUCAGAGACGCCCACAGCACGGCCGACCAGGUCUUCAGAGCUAUCGUGGAGACUUGGGAGUCGUCGUCUGGUUACGUACCACAGCGUCCCGACUUCGAACAGGAGCCUUCGGGUGGCAGCGACAAGCCAGAUGAUCUUCCUACAUGGAGCGGUAUACAAGCUGGCAGCGAGCGGCUGGUAGGACUGCUCGGGUACCUGGCCGAGGUCCUCAGAAGUCACACAAAAUCAGCUGUGACCAUCCCUAUCAGCUCUAUCAUGGACAUCACCACGAGGAUAUCGUCGAUCGUGCCGCCGUCCGCGAACAAGGAGCGUUUCGAGUCAGCCCAGAUGAACGCCGCUGUCGGCAGAGAGGAGAGGGACGAGCUCUGGAGCGCGCUCCCGGGUAUCCAGAUCGCCGUCAUGACUCUUCUGUCCACCCUUAUUAACCGCCUUGGCCGCAGCUUCGUGCCGCUAGCACAGGAGUCGCUCGAGCAAACGCUGCGGAUGCUCGGCUCGUUCUACCGCAUCCCCGAGGUCCGACACGCCACGUACAUCCUGGCCCGCAAGCUACUCGGGCUCUGCGGGCCGACCAUGGCCAAGAUCUCGGUCGACGGCCUGGAUCUCGUCAUCAAGUGCUGCUGCCGCGACCUGCACGGCGCGAGCGGACACCUGAGGCGCACGCAGCAGCACACGACCACGCUGCAGAACGGCAACAAGACGAAAUCCGCGCACCAGAACGCCGACGCCUUCCUCUCGCCAGCAGGCAAGGCCGCCGAGAGCACGGUCAGCGUGUCCCUGAGCACCGCACACAUCAGGGCCGCCGAGGCGCUCCUGGCCACGCUUCACAGCAGCGUGCCGCAGCAGCACGUCCAGUCGGCCGCCCGGGGCAGGAUGCUGCAGGCCGCGAUCCUGGCUCGCAGCAAGGAGGCCCAGGUCGCCAGCGUGCUGCACCCCCUGCGCGACAGCAGCGGCCGGUCCCAGGUCAUCCUGCCGUACCUGAUGCGGCAGUUCCCCCACGACGCCGGCGUGGAGCUGCUGCGGUUCAACUUCCGACCCAUGGCUACGGGCAGGCCUGGCGGCGAGUUUGGGGACUUUGGUGACGCGAACGACGACGACGCAGAUGUCGACAUGACCGGCGACGAGUCUGGGAAACCCGCGACUGCUUUCGGACACUCACGCCCACAGUCCACUUACAUGCCCUCGUCGAACCCUGAGGCGGUCGACGAACAGCCAAUGUUCGGUGUCGGGUUAUCCGAUCCAAGCAGGUCGGCAGCAGCAGCGACGGCAGCAGCACUAGCCACCACCGAGUCCCCGUUCCUGGCGCAAACAGCAGCGACGACGACAACAACAACAUCGACAGCCGUGUCAGAGAGCUCAACCACGACGAGUGCGUUGAAACGCAAGAACGACGCGGACGAGACGUCACCGCCGAAGCGGGUGGAAGUCGAGACCACCGUCAUCGCGUCGAGCGUGGUAGAAGCCGUGCCGCAGCGUCCCGCGUCGAGGGCUAGAGUGGAAGCACCUGCGCCGGCAGAGGGUGACGAUGAUGAUGAUAGUGAUGAUGAGAGCGUGCACUUGAAUAUGGAACUCGACUCUGAAGGCUCCGAUGACGACGGGGAGGAAUAAUAAUCGUCAGCUUAAGCAUGCACAAUCAUAAUAGACCACAAGGGCCCCUGCUUGAGCGU